AUGGCGUUUAACUUUGUUGGAAGAAUCCUUGGGCCCAGAGGACUAACAGCUAAGCAGCUUGAGGCAGAAACAGGAUGCAAGAUAAUGGUCCGAGGGAAGGGCUCAAUGAGGGACAAAAAGAAGGAAGAACAGAACCGAGGCAAGCCCAACUGGGAACACCUGAAUGAAGAUUUACAUGUACUUAUCACUGUGGAGGAUGCUCAGAACAGAGCAGAAAUAAAACUGAAGAGGGCUGUUGAAGAAGUAAAAAAGUUACUCAUCCCUGCAUUCAAUAAAAACAGCCUCACCAAGUUGCAUCUGAAUUCUAGAUCGUGGAGAGAACGGGGAAAACCUAUGCUGAUGAUGGCUGCCUUCAGUAUCAGCUGUGACAAAAAAUGA